AAUUCAUUUGACCUGCUCUACUCUUUGACUAAAGAGAUUGAAGAAAGCGAUAGAUAAAGCACAAAAACCAUCGAACAUGGCAGCGUCUCACAAGAUCUCUCUGCACUUGUAUAUAAUACCUGUUCCGCCGGCAGGGUUGUGAGAGAUAUACAUUUUUGAUCGUCUGAGUUUAUAGAGAGAGUGACGAUAUGAACGCGGUGGGGAGACGGAUGUCUAGAUCGAAUUCGACGGCGUACCACCAGCGUCAGUACUCUGAAAACUUCCUUGACGCCUCCUUCGACGGAAAAUGGCUCCACUCCUCCUCACAGGAUUUCAGUCUCUACGGCGGAGUUGGAGGAGUUCAGGGUUCGAGAACGACCAGGAAAUCACCGGAUUCUUCAAUUCCCCCUGUUUUCUCUCGCUCCUUCAGCAUGAGGAAGGUUGGAGAUGAAAAUAUUUCCCCGGGAGAGCUCAGUCCCGGUUUGAUUGAUAUCCAUUCUUUUGACACAGAGCUGCUGCCAGAGGUUCGCAGUCGUUACGAAAAUUAUUCAUAUUCUGUGCAUGCUAGAAGGAGAAGCUAUGAUGAUACUGAGCCACAUAUAGCUGCAAACAAAAUUACCAGUAGGUCUCGGGGUUCACUUGAGAAUAACCUUCUUAAGAGCUUUUCAUCUGAUAAAGAGAGAUCCAACAGUGUUGCUAAGAUCAAAGUAGUGGUACGCAAGAGACCAUUAAACAAAAAAGAAAUAUGGAAGAAAGAGGAAGAUAUUAUUGCUGUAGAACCAAAUUCCAGUUCACUUACUGUUUAUGAGGCAAAACUCAAGGUUGACUUAACAGAAUACGUGGAGCAACAUGGAUUUGUUUUUGAUACGGUGCUGAGUGAAAAUGUGUCAAAUGAUCAAGUGUACUCAGAGACGGUGGAGCCCAUUGUUCCUCUAAUCUUCCAACGCACAAAAGCUACAUGCUUUGCAUAUGGGCAAACAGGGAGUGGAAAAACUUAUACUAUGCAACCACUGCCCCUGAAAGCAUCCCAAGAUAUUUUCAGAUUGAUGUACCAUAAAUAUCAAAAUCAAGGCUUUCAGUUGCAUGUUAGUUUCUUUGAGAUCUACGGAGGCAAACUUUUUGAUCUCCUCAACGAUCGGAAAAAGCUUUGCAUGAGGGAGGAUGGAAAACAGCAAGUAUGCAUUGUAGGUUUGCAAGAAUACAGAGUAUCUGAUGUUGAGACCAUAAAAGAUUUUGUUGAGAAAGGAAAUGCUACAAGAAGCACAGGCACGACUGGCGCAAAUGAGGAGUCCUCCCGAUCACAUGCUAUACUUCAGCUUGCUGUAAAAAGAUCAGCCAAUGGAUCUGAAACAAAACCGGCAAGACUUGUUGGGAAGCUCUCUUUCAUAGAUCUUGCUGGAAGUGAGCGCGGUGCUGAUACUACAGAUAAUGAUAAGCAGACCAGAAUUGAAGGUGCUGAAAUUAACAAAAGCUUACUCGCUUUGAAAGAAUGCAUUAGAGCCCUUGAUAAUGACCAGGGUCACAUUCCUUUCAGAGGGAGUAAGUUGACUGAAGUUCUUAGAGACUCCUUUGUUGGGGACUCCCGCACUGUCAUGAUAUCAUGUAUCUCACCAAGCUCAGGAUCUUGUGAACAUACUCUUAACACAUUAAGAUAUGCUGACAGGGUGAAGAGCCUAUCGAAAGGGACUGGCUCCAAGAGAGAUUCAUUAUAUUCUUCUUCAAACCUCAGAGACUCAACAACAUUGUCUUUGUCUUCAGCUUUGCCAGCUGAACCAACCGUUGGCGAUGGCAUAAAUGAUGUUACCAAUGAAAUGAACAGAUUCGGGUGGUCCAAAGACUCUAAACCGAUUGAAAAAGAAGCAUCUCCACCUCUUAAAGUGGAUCGUGUUCCUAGUGGAAGGGUAGAGGGAAAAUCUGUUGCUACUCUCCAUUCUGAAUGUUACAGGGGUCAGGAUAAUGGGAUUGCUGAAGAUGAUUCCUAUGAAAAAGAUAAACCAUCAUUAAAGAACAAUAAGGGAGGGACUUACCAAAUAUCAGCUCCUAAGGACAAGGGGAUAACUAGCACUUUCCAUUCAGAUGAAGAUCUUAAUGCCCUCUUGAAGGAAGAGGAAAGCCUCAUAUCAGCUCAUCAUAAACAAGUGGAGGAGACCAUAGAAAUUGUUAGGGAGGAGAUGGACCUAUUAGUUGAGGCUGACCAAGCAGGCUAUCAAGUAGACAGUUAUAUAUCUAAAUUAAGUGCCAUCCUUUCCCAGAAGGCUGCAGGUAUUUUGCGACUGCAGACCCGCUUGGCAGAAUUUCAGAAGCAUCUCAAUGAGCAUCACAUUUUAGUAUCUCAUUCCAGUAGCUGAUUUAAUUUGUGGAAUCGUCGACGAAAACUCCAGCCAACUGAUGCGGGAAUGUGGUAGGCAGAGGAUGCGAUGGAUGGCUUCUUUGUUCAUCAGGCUUUGUUGUGAUGGCAUAGCCAGUUGGUAUUUUGUAAUACCUUUUGACUGGGGAACAAAGCCUUCUGUGUGCAGGUUGAAUGGUGCGCGGAGCCUUUGUUUGUUUUCCCUUGUUAUUUUCCAAUUCUAGUCAUUCACUACCGUGAAAUGUGAGUUUGAGCAACUUUUGUAUGUCAAUAUAGUGCUUCUAUACUCAUCUUUGUAUCUGAUGAUGAAAUACACAGAAGCAUACGACCAACAAUAUCAUACCUAUAGUCAUAUUCUUUAUGGGAUCCGUUCUGUAAA